UCUGGAGCAAAGUUUUUUGCGUGUUUGUCGCUCCUCGAAACAAGACCUGCCUACAGCGGGUAGGAGGGGAACACGGAGAGCAGAUAGAGGGAAGGAAGCCGGAGGUUGGACCGUUAAUUACAGCCGCACACCGAGGAGCUGCAGAGAAAACAUCCGCAGACAGAGCCAGGAUCCAGGGACAGGAUGGAGCACUGCGACGGAGAGAACGAGUACAUGCAGCCGGAGGAUGACUGGGACCGGGAUAUGCUGCUGGAUCCAGCCUGGGAGAAGCAGCAGAGGAAGACUUUUACAGCUUGGUGCAACUCGCACCUCAGAAAGGCGGGAACGCAGAUCGAGAACAUCGAGGAGGACUUCCGGGACGGACUGAAGCUCAUGCUGCUGUUGGAGGUCAUCUCAGGUGAACGUUUGGCAAAACCAGAGAGAGGAAAAAUGAGAGUCCACAAGAUCUCCAAUGUCAAUAAAGCGCUUGACUUCAUCGCCAGUAAAGGAGUGAAGCUGGUCUCUAUUGGAGCAGAAGAGAUCGUAGACGGUAACGCUAAGAUGACCCUGGGAAUGAUCUGGACAAUUAUCCUCCGCUUCGCCAUCCAGGACAUUUCAGUGGAAGAGACAUCGGCCAAAGAGGGCCUCCUGCUGUGGUGCCAGAGGAAAACUGCUCCCUACAAGAAUGUCAACAUCCAGAACUUCCACAUCAGCUGGAAAGAUGGCCUGGGCUUCUGUGCGCUCAUUCAUCGACACCGUCCGGAACUCAUAGACUAUGGAAAACUGCGCAAGGACGACCCCAUGACCAACCUGAACACUGCCUUUGACGUAGCAGAGAAGUACCUGGACAUCCCCAAAAUGUUGGAUGCAGAAGACAUUGUGGGCACUGCCCGUCCGGAUGAGAAGGCCAUCAUGACCUACGUCUCUAGCUUCUACCACGCCUUCUCAGGCGCCCAAAAGGCAGAGACGGCGGCCAACAGGAUCUGCAAGGUGCUGGCUGUUAACCAGGAGAAUGAGCAGCUGAUGGAGGACUAUGAGAAGCUGGCCAGCGACCUGCUGGAGUGGAUCCGUCGCACCAUCCCCUGGCUGGAAAACCGAUUGCCUGAGAACACCAUGCAGGGGAUGCAGCAGAAACUGGAGGACUUCAGGGAUUACCGCCGGCUCCACAAGCCGCCCAAAGUGCAGGAGAAAUGCCAGCUGGAGAUCAAUUUCAACACCCUACAGACCAAACUGAGGCUCAGCAACCGGCCCGCCUUCAUGCCCUCAGAGGGAAGGAUGGUCUCGGACAUCAACAACGCUUGGGGAAAUCUAGAGGGAGCAGAAAAGGGCUACGAAGAGUGGCUUCUCAAUGAGAUUCGCCGGCUGGAGCGACUCGACCAUCUGGCGGAAAAAUUCCGUCAGAAAGCGGCGAUCCACGAAGCCUGGACCGAAGGCAAAGAGGAAUUGCUGCAGAAGCGGGACUACGAGACUGCCUCCCUGUCAGAGAUCAAAGCUCUGCUGAAGAAACACGAGGCCUUUGAGAGCGACCUGGCAGCUCACCAGGAUCGUGUCGAGCAAAUUGCAGCUAUUGCGCAGGAGUUAAAUGAGCUGGACUACUAUGACUCCCCCAGCGUAAAUGCUCGCUGCCAGCGGAUCUGCGAUCAGUGGGACGCACUGGGAGCUAUGACCAUGAAACGCACCGAGGCACUGCAGAGAACAGAGAAGCUGCUGGAAACCAUCGACCAGCUUUACCUUGAAUUUGCCAAAAGAGCAGCUCCAUUCAACAACUGGAUGGAGGGCGCCAUGGAGGACCUGCAGGACACCUUCAUUGUUCACACAAUUGAAGAAAUCCAGGGACUGAGCACAGCCCAUGAGCAGUUCAAAGCCACACUGCCAGAGGCCGACAAAGAGCGGCAGUCUAUCUUGGGCAUUCACAAUGAGAUAGCCAAGAUAGUUCAGACCUAUCAUGUGAAUAUGGCUGGCACCAACCCCUACACAACCAUCAACCCACAGGAGAUCAAUGCUAAAUGGGACAAGGUGAGGCAGCUGGUUCCUCAGCGCGACCAGGCUCUGAUCGAGGAACACGCCCGGCAGCAGAACAACGAGCGUCUGCGCAGGCAGUUUGCCACACAGGCCAACGUCAUUGGGCCCUGGAUCCAGAACAAGAUGGAGGAAAUCGGCAGGAUCUCAAUCGAAAUGCACGGCACCCUUGAGGACCAACUGACGCACCUUCGCCAGUACGAGAAGAGCAUCAUCAACUACAAGCCAAAGAUCGACCAGCUGGAGGGAGACCACCAGCUCAUUCAGGAAGCUCUCAUCUUUGACAACAAACACACCAACUACACAAUGGAGCACAUCCGUGUGGGCUGGGAGCAGCUACUCACCACCAUCGCCCGCACCAUCAAUGAAAUCGAGAACCAGAUCCUGACACGAGACGCCAAGGGCAUCAGCCAGGACCAGCUGAACGAGUUCCGAGCCUCCUUCAACCACUUCGACAGGGACCACUCGGGCACUCUAGGCGCAGAGGAGUUCAAGGCCUGCCUGAUCAGCCUGGGCUUCGAUAUCGCCAACGACGCGCAGAAGAGAACAGGAAUCAUGGAUGCAGAGGACUUCAAAACCUGCCUUAUCUCCAUGGGUUACAACCUGGGGGAAAACGAGUUCUCCCGCAUCAUGAGCGUAGUGGAUCCCAACAGAAUGGGCAUCGUCACCUUCCAGGCCUUCAUAGACUUCAUGUCCCGUGAGACGGCCGACACGGACACGGCGGACCAGGUCAUGGCGUCCUUCAAGGUUCUUGCUGGGGACAAGAACUAUAUCUUAGCUGACGAGCUGCGCCGAGAGCUGCCUCCGGACCAGGCCGAUUACUGCAUCGCCCGCAUGGCCCCUUACACCGGCCCUGACGCGGUGCCCGGGGCCCUCGACUACAUGUCCUUCUCCACGGCUCUAUAUGGAGAGAGCGACCUCUGAACACUCUGUCACCCGUCCUGCCCCGGAUCCACCCUUCCCCGCUCUGUUCACCGCCACGUGCUCCGACCAUCACCACUCUCCUGUCCAGCUGUGCUCAUUUUAUUUUAUUUUAUUUUGUAUUUUCCAAGCCUUAUCUUUUUGUCCGUAUGUUCUGUGUCCUCAUGCUUCCCCUACCAGCUUCUUCACACCUCCCUUGCUCUCUCUGUUGCUUGCUUUUCCAUGCAAAGCAGUGACUCUCCAGGUUUACAAAGAGGGAGAGAUGCAAUGCGUUUAUUUUUUUUUUUCCCUCGUCAUUGAU